GUUGUUGUGAAGCCCCUCCCCUCUGCUGUGUAUAAAAGGUGUGUUAUCACCAGACACACACACACACACUCAGAGAUCACCGCCAGCAAUGGAAACAUCUUCAGUCCUGCUUGUGUGCAUUCUGAUAACAUGUUCAGUCUGGACAGUCCACGGUGGAAGCUUCGAGGUCAACAUUGAUGACCAGGAGCAGAUGGAAGUGGACAUUUCUGUGAAGGCCGGCAAGCUUCCAGGUGUGUGCUGGGCGUGCAACUGGGCUUUAAAGAAGGUGAAGAAACUAGCUGGACGUAACGCCACUGUGGAGAAACUGACUUCAAAGUUAAAUUCCAUCUGCAACCAAAUUGGCCUCUUAAAAUCUCUGUGCCACAAGUUUGUGAAGACACACCUACCAGAACUAAUUGAGGAGCUCACGACCACUGAUGAUGUGAAAACGAUCUGUGUCAAUACUGGAGCCUGCAAGUCAAAGGAGUUGUUUGACCUGUACUUCUAUCAAAAGGACGAGGAGUCAUCAAUUGCAAUUAAUGAAUAUCCCUGAUAUCGUAUGCAUGUACAAUAAUUAAGGUGCACUUAAUUCGUAAGAAAAACAUAAACCACAAUUGUUUCAAAAAUCAAUCAAGAAUCUCUUUCAGCUUUCUUUUUGUCUUUACUUUGUGUUGCAGUUUUCCUUGUAUCUUGAUAUAUUUUGCAAUGCCUGUAAUGCUAUUUAUCUGUGCACAGAUUAUAUCAAUAAAUGUUUGCAUUUCAAA